GUUGUUGGUGUGUUAUUACAGCAGCCCCGUCCAUUAAGUUGAGGCUUUCCUUUGCAAAAACGUGACUCACAUUCUCCGACUGCUGGCGCAUGAACAGUAGCAGUAGCUGAGGCUUGGUGCCACCUCACGCCCGGGGAGCUUCCCAGCCCUCCGCUUAUGUUUGUAAACACAGUUCCGACUUGAGAUUGUUGUAUAGUUCAACACGAGACUGCGGAUUUGGUUCGGGCAGUAACCGUGUCAGCAGUCCAUGCAUGUGAGGCGGCGGUCAGGUGUCGUGCUGUUAGCUGGCGCUGGGCACGGUGCCAGGGGAGCGAGGCUAUUAUUGGAGCGGAGGAGGCAGCAGACCCCGCAGACACGUGGUGGAGUCAUCCUGUAUGCAGGCACCUCAGGCAGUGCAAGCCCGAGCCCUGGCAGCCCCUCCAGCGGGUACCAGACACAGUCACCCUCAUCACACUCCCAGCCCUCAUCUCCAGAAGAGGUUACCUUCACCGAGAUUGGGUCGCUGAAACAGAGGUCACCUGGGUGCAAUACCCCGUCAUCCAAAUCGGUAUUCCAGUUUCCUGAGGUGUACAGUGGCUCCUCAGCAGCAGCCACACCUCAGCAUACCUAUACACACCCCAUUGCAGGAAAGAGGCCAUGUGGGUUCACAGGAACUUUCACAAAGACGGGUGGAAUGGUCCUGCUGUGCAAAGUCUGUGGAGACAUUGCAUCAGGUUUUCAUUAUGGAGUGCAUGCCUGUGAGGGUUGCAAGGUUUUUUUCCGCCGCAGCAUCCAGCAGAACAUCAACUACAAGAUGUGUGUGAAGAACGAAAACUGUCUGAUUAUGCGCAUGAACCGCAACCGGUGCCAGCACUGCCGCUUCAAGAAAUGCCUCUCCGUUGGCAUGUCAAGAGAUGCUGUGCGUUUUGGCCGCAUCCCCAAGAGAGAGAAGCAGCGACUUCUUGAUGAGAUGCAGAGCUACAUGAACAGCCUAAAUGAGUCAGCCGCCAUGGAAAUGGACGUCACUUCAGCAAGGGAAACUCCCUCCAGCCCAGAAGACGGCAACUCAAAAGAGGCCAUCGGCAACAUCUCCAGAGCCUACCGUGACAUCUUCACCAGCAGGAACAACAGCAGCCAGGAAAGACCAGCCAAGAGAGCUCACAUCUCCACCAACAAUAAUACAUCACACUUUUCUCAGGAUGCCCCUUUCGCCCAAAUCUCCUCACAACCCACCUCCACCCAGAGCUAUCAGUCCUGCCCUGUUACAUCUGCUGCUCAAUGCCCAGUUUCCCAUAAUGACAACCAGCAUACUUUCCAAAAUGUGGAAAACAAUCGCUAUACCUACUCAGUGUCAACUAACCUGAAUCAUGAUCAGGCAAACAACACAGCACCUCACAGGGGAAGCUCUGCAAACCAGAAUAGCUAUCGCAACGCAGGAAGUUCCCACAAUCAGCAGUCCUGCCCGUGGAAAUUAGCUCAGGGAGCUAAAGUGCUGGCCUGUCCUCUCAAUGCAUGGCCUGUAUCAGGAGCAGAGCGCUCUAGUCAGGAGAUAUGGGAGUCCUUCUCUCAGUGUUUCACUCCUGCAGUCAAGGAGGUGGUAGAAUUCGCAAAGGGCAUCCCAGGAUUUCAAGAGCUCGGCCAACAAGACCAGGUCAUGCUGCUCAAAUCAGGCACCUUCCAGGUUCUGAUGGUGAGGUUCAGCACCUUGUUUAAUGCUGCAGAGCGUACGGUUACCUUCUUAAACGGCCAAACUUACCCCCUCACCACACUGCGUGCCUUGGGCAUGGGCUCCCUGCUGGAUGCAAUGUUUGAGUUCAGUGAAAAGCUGAGCUCCCUGGGGCUGGAACCUGAUGAGAUGGCUCUCUUUAUGGCAGUGGUGCUGGUUUCUGCAGACCGCUCUGGUAUCUCAGACAUGCGUGCAGUGGAACAGCUUCAGGAGGGUCUGAUCCAAGCCCUGCGGUCACUGAUCACCCGACGUCGCCCUGAUGACAGCACCCUCUUUCCCAAACUCCUUCUGCGCCUGCCAGACCUGCGCACCCUCAACAAUCUGCACUCUGACAAACUGUUGGCCUUUCGCAUCGACCCUUGAGAGGGCGGCUUGCUGCGGGACCACACAGACAUGAACUGUUUCAUACAGAAAUAUACAGUCACAACACAGACAGACAUGCACAAAUACUUUCUUCCAAGGGCAGGACUUUCUUGAAAAUUGAGCAACAAUGACCUGUGCAAUCUGAUGAGUGUUUUUCAGGAGGAAAACUGAGGGCAGUAGCGAUCACAUUCUUGAUUCGUUAUUGAUCUUUUUGCUUCAUGUUAAAGGAGAGAUACACAUAAACAUGCACAACCAUGUACACACAUAAACCUCAACAUCUCUUGAAUACAUUGUUCCGGUUUAAAAUGUAAUUUUUGUGUAGAGUAACUAUUACCUUUUUGGAUAAAUCAUUUGUGCACUUGCUCAUUAUAUCUAGUGUAUUUAAGAAUAAAAGCCAGUUCACUUCUGUUUAUUCCUCAAGUCAUACAGUAUCAACAGGCCAUCACCAAGCAGCAGAUGACAGACGGAUAUCAUACCUCCAAACUGUUAUUACUUAGGGACCAUAAGUGAUGAUGACCGUGACUCAGUUUGUGUUUAAAACAAAGGGAACCUGUAUAUAACCUUUAAUGAAAUCUGAAAUAUUAAGGUAAUUGUGUAUCACUGUUUCACAAACAUACCAUCUGCAUUGGUACUGGAAUGAGACCACUUUGUUGUUGUGUCACUUGUACACAAUAUGAUGCUUUCUGUCUCUUUCUAUUCUCAGCUGAUCUUCCAGAAAAGACUUGGGUUAAAAAUUUGCCAACUUUAUAAGUCAAUGGCAUUAUAUUUUGUUUCACAAAGAGAUGUGUCUGUGUUGCUAUAUUGUAUCACAUCCAGGAUAAUUGGGAUGCUCUAUGCAUGUUGGUUUUAUAGUUCCUUUAUUUUUCUCUCUUUUUUUGUAAAUAUUAUGUUAUCCAAAUGUCUAUGUAUCAAUGACUGAACUGAUAUGUUGAAUCGGACAGAUUAGUUCGUUGAGAAGAAGAAUGUACUCUACCUUACUGUACUAGGUGGGGCUACGGCCAUGCGGAGGGGGCUUUGCACAGGAGGAUAUGUAGCAGGGAUUCUCAGAUGGUUUAGACACACUUUGAGCUAUCAGAUGAUGUAACCAACCAGCAUAAUCUCUGAAUACACCAGCACUCACUCCACACGCACCCUUCCUCUGCCCCCAAUGUUUGUCAUACAAACUUAAGAGAUAUUUUUGGGUGAGAGAUCUUUGUUGAUUGGUCCUCUCACUGUUUGCUUGACUGAUUAUGGAUGAUUGAGGACAUGUUGUAUAUUUUGUAAAUCUGUAUUCCUAAAUAUAAAUGAUGUAAAGCCGAAAUUAAGUAUCAA